UCAUCACCGCCUCUGUAGCAUGAAACAAAACCGAACACCGCCUUCUUUCAAUCGCCCCCAAUCAUCACCGCCUUCCGAUUCCAUAACUACCAAGUAAUCAGCCCAUAACUCCGCCGGCCAAAUAAUUCGCAGCCUAAAAUCAACCGUCUACUUCCAAUGAUGGCGGUCGAAGCUCUUCAAGCAUGGCCUUAAUCUGCUUCUCUCUAGCAACUCCACCCUCUUCGAGUAAACUUUUGGCCAAUUGAUUCUGGGGUAUUUCAAUAGCCGCCUCGCCUUACCGAAGAUCGGCAUCAGAUUUUAGUUCCUGCAAACUAUCAAUCUUAAUUUUAAUUUUCAGGUAAUAAUUUGUAGUUCCAUAUCAGUAUCCAUCCUCUCCUUCUCCAAAGCCCUCGACCCAGCUCUCCCGCCGCCCGCCGCCUACCAACUCUCUCUCGCUCGUGACCUUAACCCCCAUCACCGGCCAACUCUCUCUCCGCCGCCGGUUAGAAAACCCUCCGAUGAGAGGCGAGGAAUUUAGAAGGAAGGUCGGGGUGCCAGACAAAUAAGGAUAUUCUAUUAUCGGUUAGAAAAUCCUCUCGCUCUUGUGACAUAAAUAGUUUUGAUUGAUUGAGUUGAAUGCUGGUGCAGAAUGAAGGAAAAAUUAGGUUUUGAACCCUCUGACAAGCAGUUGGCAUCAUCACUUAGGAUGUCGUAUUCUGAGCUACGUUCAAAGUUAAUUGAAUGUUCAUUAGCAAGAAGGAAGCUAGCGAUGAGCAAUAUUCGACUUGUUAUGUCCAUUGCCCAAAAAUAUGACAACUUGGGUGCUGAGAUGGCUGAUCUUAUUCAGGUGUUGCUCGGCAGUGCAGGAGCUUGGGAAAAACCCUGGCUGCCUCUGUGCCGUUAUGCAUCAAACACUGCAAGAAGUGCCGGAGUCAAACCUGAAACAGCCAUGGCCAUUCCAAAGAGAUGCAACCUCGCUUAUCGCCCUGCUGGCUAUAAGUGUGGAGCUUAUACCUUGCCCUAAAGAGGUGAAGGGAUCCACUGGAGUGAAGGCUAUACAUGUUGCUCUACUCCUGACUCUAAAUAAAAUACCAGUACUACUAUUGCUGUGUAAUAUGCCUGUACUCUGUGUGAAGCAUGUGCUGACAUAAAUAAUGAUAAGAUUGGUGUGUGCAGUAUUAUUGGCUUUCAAAUGCUGAUCUCAUACAGUUUUACCAGAAUGCUUUUUCCUCUGCAGUGAAAAUUGUGCGUUCAGGAUUAUCUGAACCAAGCAAGCAUUAACAACAAAUCAUGUAGGAAGCAUCAAUGAGGAAGAAGAGGAAGAUCUGGAAGACCAAGAAGACGAGGAUGAAGAUGUUGAAGAAUAUUACUUUAGUUGAUAGUUGAUGUUGUUAACUGAUCUCAAUUGUAGUAGAUUUGAAACUUUUUUUUUCCUUUCACUUAAGUUAUGUUGAAAGGAUGGAAUAAUGAGUCCUGAUGGUGUACAUUGCACAUGAAGAUGGACGGCUUCAUA